GAGGAGGAGGAGAUAUCACUCCUGUGUGACUCGCGCUGUCAAAAGACCAACAGCUCUGCAGCUACAGACCCGGCGGUUCCGACAUGACGCUAAUUGGUUUCCGGUACCAUUUAGGGUAACGGGUGGGCGGUUUGAUUAUUUUUUUUUCCCAUCCUUUUUUUUUUUUUUUUGUAACCAAGAGAACGAACGGGACCGACCAAACAAAUCACGGAGCACUCGGUGGAGGACGGCGGGGUACGGCUCACACCGAAUCAGAGAUGUCCCUGCUGUGUGUGGGAGUGAAGAAAGCCAAGCUGGAUGGACCCCAAGAGAAAUUCAACACUUAUGUGACUCUAAAGGUACAAAAUGUGAAGAGCACAACCAUUGCUGUCAGGGGCAACUUGCCCAGCUGGGAGCAGGACUUCAUGUUUGAAAUUAACCGCUUGGACCUGGGUCUGACAGUGGAGAUGUGGAACAAAGGGUUGAUCUGGGACACCAUGGUUGGCACCUUGUGGAUUCCCCUCCAUAACAUCCGACAGUCAAAUGAGGAAGGUCCGGGGGAAUGGCUCACGCUGGACUCUCAGGUCAUCAUGACUGAUAAUGAGAUCAGUGGCACCAAAGAGCCCACUCUCCACCUGGUGCUACUCGACACGCGCUUUGAACUGCCCCUGGAUAUCCCCGAGGAUGAGGCACGAUACUGGGCUAAAAAACUGGAGCAGCUCAAUGCCAUGAGGGACCAAGAUGAGGAGCAGGAACGCCCUCUACGAGUACCAGGAACCCAGUGCUGUAACUGGAGUCUAUGGGGAGACCAACAAAAUGAAGACCCAGACAGUGCUGUGGACGACAGGGACAGCGACUAUCGCAGUGAAACCAGUAACAGCAUCCCCCCUCCCUACUACAGCACGUCCCAGCCCAACGCCUCCGUCCACCAGUACCCCAUCAGCCAGCAGCACCGCAGCUCCAGAAGCCUCUCUUUCCCGCGCUCUGGCGUCAGCCAUGACCUCGACUACCAACCUCAGAGGACUGUCAGUCCGUCGGGGAGCUACGCGUCGUCUGCAGAGCUGAGUCGGGGCAGCAGUCAGCUGAGCGAGGAGGACUACGUUGUUGAGUAUGGAGAGAGGGACCCCUACGACGAGAACGACUCUUACCACUCCUGCCACUCCUCGGUCAGCUACAGUAAAGGCUCCCCGGACUGGGACCCCGAUGAGACCCAGGGAGCCUACAGCGAUGAGGGCGGAUACAGCAAAGACGGAGGAGAGGAGGCGGCUCUGUACGAGGAGGAUGACGGAGCACUGUACGAAGGAGAAGAGGGGGGCCUCUACGAGGAUGAGGAGAUAAUGUACGAUGAGGAUGAUUUGUACAACUUGGACGGGACGCUCAGCGAGGACAUGGAGCCUCCGUUCACCCCCACACCGACGUCGACAGCCCCCACGACCCUGGAUGUGCCCAGUUCCAGACCUCCUCUGGAGAAACAGUCGUCUUUACACCAACAGCAGCCCGCCUCUCAACCCACCAACCAAACAUCCAACCAGUCUCGUGCACCUGGCGUGACACAGCCCCCCUCCGGUCAACCAACUGCCCAAGCACCUAAACCGCCCCAGACACAACCGCAGCCGGCUCCGUCUGCCACGUCCUUCUUCUCAAUGGCCAAACCUCUGACGGCUGCAGUCACAGGCUUGGCCUCUACUUUCUUGUCCUCUGUUCCCACCGGGCAGCCCGCCCAGUCUCACCCUCCAGCCUCGGCCGCAUCUCAACAACACCAGUCUGCUGCAGCCGGUGUGGUCCCUCCGUCCCAUCCAUCCGCCGUGGUUAACGCCGCCUCCCAGCCCCCCUCAACUGCCGUGGACCUUUCGUCCCAACAGAGCCAAUCCUCCGGGCAGCCUCAAUCCCAUCUGAAUGGUGCUGCCACCACCCCUGAGGACCAGGCUCUUCAGCUGGAGGAAGAGCCGUGGUUGGAGGAGGAUAUGAUGUUGGAUGAAGAGGCCAGGACGCCCCCCGCUAAGCCAGAGGACACGCUCCCCGUGGAGGAGAAACGGGAGCUUUAUGAGGAGAGCAGGCCGCCGUCACCGUUGGAGGAAGAAGAGACACCGCCUGAAAGUCCUCCAGUCGUAGAGGAGCCCAAGGAGCCAGUGGAUCCAGCAGUCCGAGCCAAGGAGAACUGGCUAAGACUUUACAAUAAAGUCUUAGAACAGCUCCGGGAGGCUCGAGGAGAGACCUCCAGCUCGCUGUGGUUUGGUAAAGGAGGAGUGGGAGGGGCACUCUACAGUAUUGACAGCAUGCCUGACCUUCGCAAAAGGAAAGCCGUUCCUCUAGUCAGAGAUCUGGCGAUGUCUCUAGUGCAGAGCUCUCGUAAGGCUGGCAUCACCUCCGCCAUGGCUUCCACCACGCUCGGCAAUGAAGAGCUAAAAAGUCACGUUUAUAAAAAGACCCUGCAGGCUCUGAUCUACCCCAUCUCCUCCACUACUCCACACAACUUCGAGGUGUGGACAGCCACCACGCCCACCUACUGCUACGAGUGCGAGGGGCUGCUUUGGGGUAUCGCCCGACAAGGCAUGCGCUGCUCCGAGUGCGGCGUGAAAUGCCACGAUAAAUGCCAAGAUCUGCUCAAUGCCGACUGUCUGCAGAGAGCUGCAGAGAAGAGCUCAAAGCACGGGGCGGAGGACCGGACCCAGGGCAUCAUCAUGGUCCUGAAAGACCGCAUGAAAAUCCGAGAGAGGAACAAACCAGAAAUCUUUGAACUCAUCUUGGAAGUGUUCGCCCUCGACAAAACGACACACGGCACGCAAAUGAAACAAAUCAAGCAGAGCGUGCUUGAUGGGACCUCCAAAUGGUCGGCAAAGAUCAGCAUCACCGUGGUUUGCGCUCAGGGCCUGCAGGCUAAAGACAAGACAGGUUCCAGUGACCCUUAUGUAACUGUUCAAGUUGGAAAAACCAAGAAGAGAACCAAGACCAUCUAUGGAAACCUCAACCCUGUCUGGGAAGAAAACUUUCACUUUGAGUGCCACAACUCGUCUGACCGCAUCAAGGUUCGCGUGUGGGACGAGGACGACGACAUCAAGUCACGGGUCAAACAAAGGUUCAAACGUGAGAGCGAUGACUUCCUGGGGCAAACCAUCAUCGAAGUCCGGACUCUGAGUGGGGAGAUGGACGUUUGGUACAACCUGGACAAGAGAACUGAUAAGUCUGCGGUGUCAGGAGCCAUCCGGAUGCACAUAAGUGUGGAGAUCAAAGGAGAGGAGACGGUUGCUCCUUACCAUGUCCAGUACACCUGUUUACAUGAGCAUUUGUUCCAGUACACAACUGAAGAGCAGAAUGGCGGCGUCGUAAAGAUCCCCGAUGCCAAAGGGGAUGAUGCCUGGAAGGUGUAUUUUGAGGAGACUGCUCAGGAGAUCGUGGAUGAGUUCGCUAUGAGAUACGGAGUAGAGUCCAUCUACCAGGCCAUGACCCACUUUGCCUGCUUGUCAUCCAAGUACAUGUGCCCAGGAGUGCCGGCUGUGAUGAGCACCCUGCUUGCCAACAUCAAUGCUUACUACGCCCACACCACCCAGUCCUCCAACAAUGUUUCUGCCUCAGACAGAUUUGCUGCAUCAAACUUUGGCAAGGAGCGGUUUGUCAAACUGUUGGAUCAGCUGCACAACUCGCUGAGGAUCGACUUGUCCAUGUACCGGAAUAAUUUCCCUGCCAGCAGUCCUGAACGACUACAAGACCUCAAGUCCACAGUGGAUCUCUUGACAAGCAUCACAUUCUUUAGGAUGAAGGUUCAGGAGCUGCAGAGUCCCCCCAGAGCCAGCCAGGUGGUGAAGGACUGUGUGAAAGCCUGUCUGAACUCCACCUACGAGUACAUUUUCAACAACUGCCACGACCUGUACAACAGGGAAUAUCAGACAGACCCUUCAAAGGCGGUCCCCCCAGAUGAGCAGGGCCCCAACACCAAGAACCUGGACUUCUGGUCCAAACUCAUCACCCUGAUCGUCUCCAUCAUAGAGGAGGACAAAAACUCCUACACUCCUUGCCUUAAUCAGUUUCCCCAGGAACUGAACGUAGGCAAGAUCAGCGCCGAAGUCAUGUGGAACAUGUUCGCACAAGAUAUGAGAUACGCCAUGGAGGAGCAUGAGAAGAACCGCCUGUGUAAAAGCGCAGAUUACAUGAACUUGCACUUCAAGGUGAAGUGGCUCUACAAUGAGUACUGCAAGGAGCUGUCCACUUUCCAGAAGCACGUACCCGAGUAUCCAGCCUGGUUUGAACCAUUUGUUGUCAUGUGGUUGGACGAAAAUGAAGAGGUGUCAAGAGAUUUUCUGCAUGGAGCCUUGGAGAGGGACAAAAAAGACGGGUUCCAGGUCACGUCGGAGCACGCUUUGUUCUCCUGCUCGGUGGUGGACGUGUUCUCUCAGCUCAAUCAGAGUUUUGAAAUCAUCCGCAAACUGGAGUGUCCCGACCCUCAGAUCGUAGGCAACUACAUGAAGCGAUUCGCCAAGACCAUCGGGAAUGUGCUGCUGUCUUACGCUGACAUCAUUGCAAAGGACUUUCCAAACCAUGUCAAGAAGGAGAAAGUGCCAUGUAUCAUCAUCAAUAACAUCCAGCAGCUCAGAGUUCAGUUGGAGAAGAUGUUCGAGGCCAUGGGAGGCAAAAAUCUAAAUCUGGAGGCUAGUGACUUCCUGAAGGAGCUGCAGAACAAACUCAACAGUGUUAUGGACGACCUCAGCCGCAUCUUCGCAGUCAGUUUCCAGCCGCAGAUCGAGGACAACGUGAGGCAAAUGGGAGACAUCCUGGCCCAGGUCAAAGGUCAGACCGUCCCGGCCAACGGCAGCGUGGUUCAGGAGGCCGACAACGUCCUGCAGCCCAUUAUGGACUUCCUGGACAGCAACCUGUCGUUGUUUGCUAAGAUUUGUGAGAAGACGGUUCUAAAGCGAGUGCUGAAGGAGCUGUGGAAACUAGUGAUGAAUACAAUGGAAAAAACAAUUGUGCUUCCAACGCUCACUGAUCAGACGGGCACUCAGAUGAUCUUCAACGCUGCCAAGGAGUUGGGUCAGCUCUCCAAGCUUAAGGAGCACAUGGGCCGAGAGGAGGCCAAAGCUCUGAGUCCCAAACAGUGUGCAGUAAUAGAGCUGGCCCUGGACACUAUCAAGCAAUACUUCCAUGCCGGCGGUGUGGGCCUGAAGAAGACGUUCUUGGAGAAGAGUCCAGAUCUCCAGUCUCUGCGCUACGCCUUGUCUCUGUACACGCAGGCCACCGACAAGCUCAUCAGGAAGUUCGUCCUCUCGCAGAACGCUCAGGUCCACGGAGGAAAAGGACUCCGGUGCACGGCCAACGAAGACACGCCACCAGAGAAAGCAUCUGGAGUGGAUGCAGUAGGCGAGGUGGUGAUGUGCGUGGACAUUUUACCCCAACCUAACGGAGAGCACAAGAUCAGUAUCAAAGUGGUGGCUGCUAACGACCUAAAGUGGAAGGCUCAGGGCUUCAGGCCCUUUGUGGAGGUCUACAUCAUCGGCCCUCACCUCAGCGACAAGAAGAGGAAAUUUGCCACAAAGUCCAAGAACAACACCUGGUCACCCAAGUUCAAUGAGGGCUUCCAGUACUCGUUGGGCACAGAGGUCGGUCCAGAGAGCUACGAGCUGCAGGUGUGUGUCAAGGACUACUGCUUCGCCAGGGAGGACCGCACCGUGGGCAUGUCCGUGGUGCAGGUGAAGGACAUAGCCAGCAAGGGCAGCGCCACCCUCUGGAUGCCGCUGGGCCGACGCGUCCACAUGGACGAGACGGGCCUGACCGUGCUGCGCAUCCUCUCUCAGCGCAACAACGACGACGUGGCCAAAGAGUUCGUCAAGCUCAAAUCGGACCAGCGCUCAGCCGAGGAGGGACGCAGCUGAGGGGGACAGGAAGAGAAAGGACACGCACGCACACACAGCAGAGACACAGUAAACUAUUCUGCACACCGAUAAUAGUCCCACCGACAUAGAUAAACAAGUGUAUGUGCAGCAUUCAAGCACACAUAUGAGAAGGCUCUAUUGUACAUAUACCUGCAUACAUUAUGCAACAUCCACUUCAUCAAUGCAAGCAUAAAGAAUUGUUUGUAAAUAUGCAUAUUUCAUAAAGAAUAUUUCAACAGCUCAACCCAAAGCUUUCCGUCUGGGGUUAGUCCAAGAUAAGCAAGCACCCUCAACCAUCAAUAUUCUCCAUUACGCAUUGCACCUUUUAUACGGCGUACAUGUACAUUGAUAUGAUGCAACGCAGAACGACGGCUAAAAGUGAGGACGACCACUUUGCACUUUUGAUUCGCUGCGUCUUCGAGAGAGCUGUCCACGCUUUGCUGUGCUCUCCGUGUGUCCGUCCAGACCUUCCAGUAUGUUGCGUCCCCCCGCCCCGCUGGUGGCAACCCCACUGCUAGUCCGCCCUUCCUGUGCUAACGUCCUGCAUGUUGACCCCCAGGAAAACUGUGAUGCACUUUGUUGUAACCAUGGCAACCGUACCCCCUCGUGCAUCAAGGUUGGAGCGGGUCUUCACUAUUUUGUGAUCAUGGUACACAUAUAACCCCGUCCUAAACCGGCUUCAUAAUAACGACCCGAACUGCUGAUUCUGACAUGUGUUGAUAAAGAAGAGGGAAGUGGCCACACAAAGCAAUACCCCAGUGUCUGACACUCCCCUCCAGUGCACAUUAACUCCAAAAAAGGGCUACAGGAUUGGUGGUUUACGCACUAAUAAAUACUGUGUAUGCUUUUUUUGGCAAAUUGACCUCCCUGUUUCACCCCUGUGCCCCGUCGUCCACCUCCUCUGCCAUCGAUACGCCGCCACGCAGAAAGGCUUUCAUGAGGGACGCUGUGGAGGAAGCCCGAAGGACACGCGAUGUACGAGGACACUUUUUCCCUGAUUGCCUGCACACUAAACUAAUCUCUUUAACGCAAUAGUCGUUUGUUUGUUCACAAAACCAUGACGUUUUUGCGAAGAACAAACCGUCUGAGAACACUGUUGCGUCUUUUGUUUGUGCGUGCGCGCGUGUGUUGAUUGAUUGAUUGUCAGACCUUAAAGGGAUUUGAGAUUGUGAGCAAUAUGAUCUAUUUACACACAUAAAUGUAUGCGCUGUCAAUAUAAAUAGAGGAGCACCAACUGCAAUAUCCACAUCCAUGAAAUGGUAAAAGUUAUUAUAGUUUUUAUUUUAUUACCUUUUGUUAUGAAUGCAUAAAAUCCCCCUCCCCGCUGGAAGGGUGUGAGCUUUUUCUCACAUUUUGAAGAAGGGAGAAAGUGUUUUUAUCCUUGAAUUCCUUUUUGCCUUUUAGGACCAAAUUUGCACGAACCAUUGCUCGUUUUUUCCUCAAACAAAGAAGCCAUCGGAGUCGCCGCCAAGCGUUACUGUUGUUUUCAGUCUUGUUAAGUGCGUCCAUUCAACAGUGCAGUCGCGUUGUUUUUGUUUGUUUAAUAAUUAUUUCAGGGUACAAGACGAAACUUGACAUGUCAGGUUGUUGCCAAAAAAGCAACAACAAAACUAUUAAUUUAUAACCGUCGUCCAGUUUCGGGCUCGUUGGUUGCCUGCUUCAUCUAUGUACGCACACACAUACUGCUGCACACGCACACCCACAUCUACACAACGAUCUCUGCUCAAGCACAAGAGGGCACAUGUGAGAUGACACAUGCAUGCGUGCACGCUGCACAACUUUGUGGAGACCAAUGACGCCCACCCUGUGAAUAGAAUCUACUUACAAUUGCAUGAUGGGAACUUAUUCGUGCCAGCACGUGUCUCUUUGAUGUAACUUUCGAAUUUCCUUUUUCUUUAUAAUUGCCACGGCUGUGUAAUAAGUCAUAUUGUUUUUCUUUUGUUUUUCCAAAAUGCUUGUGAAUACGUCAUCUGUAACCAAUAUGAAUGUAGUGUCAACACAACUCGCAUGAGAGAAUUAUUUUCUACAAAGGAUGUUUCUAAUUUGUUUCUUAUCAUUAUUGAUCGUUCUUUAAUGAGGAGAAAGGGGAACUGGAAUGCAGCCUGAUUGUGAUCUGCUUCCUAUUAAAGGGACAUUUGUGUCAUUA